AUGGAUUCUAAAGCUUAUUUGAAGUCAUAUGGUUGGGAAGAAGGUGAAGCUUUGAGAGCUGGUGGAUUAAAGAAGCCUAUUUUGGUUAAGCAUAAGAAGGACAAGAAAGGUCUUGGGAAUGCACCAGGUGGCGAUGAUAGUGAAGCAUGGUGGGAGAGACUUUUUGAUGGUCAAUUGAAGAAUUUAGAUGUUAAUGUGAGUUCGAAGAGUGGUAUAUCUUUUAAGCAGAAUGAGGUAGUUGCAUCUGGAGUUUCUAAGGAAUCAUCUCCUUUGUACAAAUGGUUUGUUAGAGGUGAGAGUUUGAAAGGAACUAUUGAUAAGAAGAUUCUGGAAAGGAGUGGGUAUGUUUUUAUUGAUGAUGAAGAGAUAUCAAGCAAGAAGCGUAAGAGAUCUAGCUCAGAUGAUGGUUUAAAGUCCAAGAAACAAAAGAGAGUCAAGGAAGUUAAGAAGGAUAAGAAAGAUAAAAAGGAUAAGAAAUACAAGAAGGACAAGAAGGACAAGAAGGACAAGAAGGACAAGAAGGACAAGAAGGACAAGAAACAUAAGAGGGAUAAGGAGGAUAAGAAACAUAAAAAAGAUAAAAAAGAUAAAAAAGAUAAAAAAGACAAGAAGCAUAAGAAAGAUAAGAAAGAUAAAAGAGACAAGCAAUCAAAGAAAUAA